AUGCCGAAUUCACAGACCACCUCUCAUUGGGACGAGCGUCUUUCGCAGCUCAUAGAUGUGCGCCAUGUUACUGGGUGCGAGUUCAAGAGUCUUUCUGAGAGCAUGGAAGCCGCGUAUAAGACGAUCGACGAGCGAAUGGAACUACAUCAGCACAUUUACUACUACGUGGAGAAAGUUCGCGACGGGCGUUCAUACUCGACGCGUCGCGUCGAUGCUAUGCAAGAGUCGACUCUGCUAUUCAUGGCGACUAUGUCGUUCCAAGUCCCUGAGCCAGAACAGCCGCAAUAUUUCGCGUCCCCUCCCAAGAUAGUCAGUGAAGGAGCUUUUGAGCUUGCUAGGGAGAUGCCCGAUGAUCAUAAAAAUGCGCCUACAGAGGUGCUACCCCCUGAAAUGAGUCGGCCUGGAUCACAGCGUUAUCAGCAUGCCUUGACGCACUCAGUUGACAGCAGUCACUACCAAAAGCUGAUAUCCCAAUGGACGAAUGAGCAGGAGAUUUUUCUUCCUGUGGAAUUCCGUCCGGCUGUGCCCAAUAUGUUUCGAAAGGAUGGAAGAGUGCAGUUCGGUUCAAAAUUAGCUUACUGGCUCCGUGCGCGGGGCGCUAGUCCUGGACCUGCAAACCGCCAGCGUGCCAUCCUGGGCUUCCAUGUCGAUCAAUUCAUACUGGAAAACAUAAGGGCUAGCGUCAAGGAGAGUUCUGUGGCAAUGAUGGCAAGCCUAGACCACACCAUGUGGUUUUAUAAUGACUUUACUAUGGUUGUACUACCUGCUGCGAUGACCGAGACAUGGCCUGCCAGGGCUCGGUAUGAGGCCGGCGGUCGUGUCGAUUGGGAAGCACUCUCGGAGGACUAUGGGGAACAUAUUGUCCCUGCUAUCAUUGGGGGAGAGGAGAGAAAGGAUAUGAAACUUAGAGAUGCUAUAUCGCUCAUGAGAUCCGAGACCCGCCCUAUCUAUAUUAAGGACUGGCACCUCGUACGGUCUGCCACAAAUGCGUCACAACCACUCUCACUGCGCCUGCCUUAUACCACACCACCCCUUUUUUCCGAUGACUGUAUGUGCUAUUUUCUCAUGCCAGGGAUGAACAAUGUGACGCCACCAGCCACCUCGAGCUCGUUUUCCUACAGUCCUGACGCUUGGGUAGCCACGGCAUCUAACAGACUGGAAUCUGAUGAUUUUCGGUUCUGCUAUGCGGGCACUGCAGGAUCCUAUACUCCGCUUCACCGCGAUGAAUUCCCGGAUCGAAGAACAUCCGAGCUGGCGUCAACGUUCGAUACUAUGGAACGGCUGUACGCACUGGAUGAGCUAGGUCCUUUUCAGGACGGGAAGCAAGGGUGGCCUGGCUGGCAUCAUGUGCGGUUGCGCACUUAUGUCGUGGAACAGGAGAGUGGAUGGGAGUCGGAAUUCACAGCAUUGGUGCAGCAGGUGGUGCAACAAGACGCAGGCUGGGCCUGGGAGGGCUUUUGGCCCUCCGGUCCCUACAACUCGAUGAAUAGCUACAAUGCUCCCUACUGGGAGACAAUGAGGAGGAAUGAAACUCUGCCACACUCCUCCUUCGCUUUUGACUCCUAUGGUACCGGGUCGCCCUCUCUUCGAGAUACAACGCCGGACGCCUCGUGGUCGUCACCCCGCUUCCACUCGCCUGGCAUCGCUGCCCCGGCUUGGUCCCCACAGACACAGUUUUGGGUCUAUUUAGAUCCAAACGGUGUUGUGCAAGGACCAUUUCCUGCGACAGCGAUGCAGGCCUGGUAUGAGCAGCAGUAUCUGUAUUCGGAGCUCCUUCUUCGUCCAGAGGAGGAGACCGAGUUCCGCCCGCUGCACGUGUACUUGGCUGAGGUGGGUGAAGUUGCCAAGCCGUUCCUUGUUCCCCCCAGGAGGUUCGCCCGGCAGCGUGCGCCCCUGUCCAAACCGUCGUCCGCCGUCGGAUCGCCUCUCGUGUCUGCAAGCAAUUCGCCUAGGCCUGCCGCUGCAGCCGUGCAGACCGAACGGGCACCCGUUCAGCCUGAAGCCAUACAUCCUGGAUCGGCUGCGUCGAAUGUCUCCGCCGACGAUAUUGCCACUACCAUGCGUGUCAUGACGCAGCUCCAGUCGGCCCUGAAAGUUGCUGCUACGGACGAUCAGACUGCCCAGAUUGUCCAAUCCGUGCUGACAUCGUCUCUCCCUCAUGCGAAUGCAGCCGGACUACAAGCGAUCCUCACGGCAAUGCAGGCUCAGGCGGCCACGGAUGCUGCUAAUGCCUCACAGGUGCAAGAACGUCUGGACAAUCACGCGGUCCCAUCGACUGUGGCAUCCGAUACCCCAACUGUUGCCCCUGCUGAACCGUCGCUGCCCCCAUUGGACCCUUCGACUACGUCGCCUGUGCCGACUGUGACCACCGACCCUGUAGCGCCCUCCGCAAGCGAGCUAGGCAGAACGUCGAUUCGGGACGCGACCGAGUCACCCCCGGAGCAGGUACCGACUCCUGGCACCAAAAAGAGUACGCGCAAGGACAAGAAGGUCGCGGAGAAGACACCCAAAAAGGAUGAGGCGCCUGCCAAGCCUGCACUGGAACUACAGGCCUCGUCUACUUCUCAGGAGGCAGAGUCGGGUACACCCAAGAAGACCACUGAAUCAGACUCGUCGUCGCCUGCCCCCCAAUCUAAGACUUCUGUGGCAAAGCCAAAGCCGGCGCCAUGGGCGAACGUGCCAGCACAGUCUUCUGCAUCGCCGGCGCCCAGCCUGCGCGAUAUUCUCGAAACAGAGCAGCGGGCGCGUUCCGCGCAGGAUGUCAAGAUCCGUGCCGCCAACUCGGCUGCCCUGGCCAAGGCCAUGGCACAAAUGCAAGUCUCGUCUACGCCUUCUACUGCCUCUAAACCUGCUGGUGCUGCUUGGAGUACGCCCAAGACGACCCCUGCCAAGUCACUCUCGCAGAUCCAGGAGGAGGAAAGUGCUCGCGCUGCCAAGGAAAAAGCCAGUCAAGCGGCACGCCCCUCCGCCUACAGCAGCUCUGCAGCACGGGCACCUGCCGAGACAGGCUGGGUCAAGGUGGUUUCGCACGGGAAAACUACCCCUGCGUCGAAAACGGCGCCUGCAGCCAAGCCUGCCGCUGUACCUACGGCCGUCCCAAGUCGACCUCCUGCGCUAUCGUCUGUGCCGUUUUCCUCCGAUGUGCCCACGCCUGUGUCUGCGCCGGCGCCGGCGCCCAUUGUGCAGGACGAGGAUGGCUGGGUCACGAAAAAGUCGAAGCACCAGGUGCGCCGCGAUGCGCUAUCGCAGAUGAACGAUGCCAUUCCCCGUCCCACCGGCACAGCGGCAGGGGUGGCGGCUGCGCGGCGCGUCCCUGGGUCGUCGAAUUCACCCUUGCCUCCCUCGGCAGAGUUCCUCCGGCACUGCCGCGCGCAGCUCAAGGGGCUUCGUGCGAAUGUGGACGACUUUAUUGAAAUGCUUCUCUCAUUCCCUCUUAAUCCGUCGCCGGAGGUCAACGACAUUAUUGCCGAAGCUGUGUACGCCAACAGCAGCACACUGAAUGGACGCCAAUUCGCCGCGGAUUUCGUCGCCCGUCGCAAGGCGGAUGCGUACCGCGCUGUUACUCUGUAG